CGGUGGCGUUUAUAGCUGUAUUCCUGGCGAGCAGAGAGUGCAUCACAGGGAGACCUGCGCGUGUAAACAGCGGGAGAUUCCCUCUCUCCCACAGACCUUACCGACGCGAGCGAGCGCUGACACUACUCCACUGUCUCUCCGUUCUCUACCUACACCGCCCCAGCAUGCCUUCCAACCUGGAUUUACAAGGCGGGAAAGCCUUCGGGUUACUCAAAGCACAUCAGAGGGAGAAGCUGGAGGAAAUCAAUAAGGAGUAUAUGGAAGAUCAGAAGUACCGGGAUGAAGAGGAUUUGCCAGAGAAGUUGAAUUCUUUUAAAAAUAAAUAUGCUGAGUUUGACCUGAACGAUCAGGGAGAGAUCGACAUGAUGGGCUUGAAGCGAAUGAUGGAGAAGUUGGGUGUGCCAAAGACUCAUCUGGAGAUGAAGAAAAUGAUCUCCGAGGUGACAGGAGGUUGCAGCGAUACCAUCAACUACAGGGACUUUGUGAAAAUGAUGCUUGGCAAGCGAUCAGCUGUUCUCAAACUGGUUAUGAUGUUUGAAGACAAAGCUAACGGGACCAGCUGUAAACCCGAUGGACCCCCACCCAAGCGUGACAUCACCAGCCUACCAUAGAUGGCAUCCCUGCAUUCGCAAAUCCUGCCCAUUUAACAUUAGGGGCUAGGUUUCUAUAGCCUUACCUAGAAUCUUUUUGCCAAGGUCCAGGGAAAAUCUUAGUUCAUAGACGGACAAAAUUAAGAAAAAAAAGUGAAAGAUGUCUAUAUAUAUAUAUAUAUUUGCUGUGAAGAAGUCGAAGCACAAAGUGGCUUUUUUAUAAGUAAACAAAUGUAUAUAUUUAUAUGAAAAAGGUGUUUUUGAAUAGUGUUUACAAGCACAAAUCCUGUGGGUGAAGUACUAGUGAAGUUUAGUGUGUAACACUGCAAGUGUACUAAGAAUAGCGUGUACGGGAUGACAGAAUUGUAGCUUGCAAGGCAGAUUUUAAGAAUUACGGUUGAGAAUUACGAUUUUUCGUCCUCCCCCAUAAUG